AUGGUUGCAACCCUUGCGCGCCAGCGUGACUAUGUGUUCACUCCACCCAGUGUGGAGGAACGUCUAUGUCAAGCGGCCGGCCAAACAUUGGCGACGUGGGUCAUUUGCCAUGGGCCUAAGACUCCGGAGGAGGUGGAGAGCGGCCAGGCACUUCGCUAG